AUGCUAGCAAUUGGGGACCUUACGUCCCAGCUUCGCAAAUGUCUCCUUAGUAUAUUGGUCAUAUUCGUCUUUUUUGAAGGCUGUUUAACUAUAAUAGCAUAUCAGAUGUUUGUAAAUGCAAUAUGGCCAGCACAUACUCCUGAAAGGCAGAAACAUUUGGAUCGAACGAAGAAGAGCUUUAUUAUAUUACUGGUUACUAUUUUGGCUACUGUUGCUCCAUCUAAUAUUCGGAUUUGUACAGAUAACAAUACAAUUGCAAAAGGUACAUUUCGUAAAGAUGCUAAACUAGGAAGAAUUGUAUCAUCACUGAAGCAGAACUCUAUUAUAAUUAGCAACCAUCAGCUAUAUACAGAUUGGGUUUUUCUGUGGUGGUUGACCUACACCUCGGGUUUAGCUGGUAGUGUUAUCAUUAUGCUUAAGAAAUCACUAGAGUCGUUGCCGAUUUUAGGGUAUGGUAUGAAGAAUUAUGGGUUUAUAUUUAUGAACAGGAAGUGGUACCUAGAUAAAACUAAUCUUUCAGAUAGUCUAACGGGUUUGGAUAUGAAUGCAAGGGGGAUCGGUAAGUUGGCUGGUAAUUUUCCAACUAGGGCAGAGGAUGGUACGGAGAGGUAUAGGGUUAAGAAGUAUAAGGAAGGGCAAAUAAGGUGGCCAUACUCGUUAAUACUGUUCCCGGAAGGUACAAAUAUGAGUCCUAGCACUAGGGAGAAGACGAAGCAGUAUGCAGCAAAGGUAAACUGCAAACCACCAAAACAUGUGCUUCUUCCCCAUGUUACGGGGUUAAGGUUUGCGUUACAAAAGUUGGAAGGAAGUUGCGAUUGUGUUUAUGAUGUGACUGUAGGCUACUCGGGAGUCACUAGGGAUACAUAUGGUGAGAAGAUAUAUCAACUCAAUGAUGUUAUUUUAAAGGGCAAGGCCCCAAAGAUUGUUGACAUGUAUAUAAGGUCAUUUUCCCUUUCAGAUAUACCUUAUAAUAACGAGAAAGAAUUUGAUAAUUGGGUGCAUAGGGUAUGGGAAGAGAAGGACUUGCUAAUGGAGACUUAUUAUGAGCAUGGCUGCUUUAACUUAGAUCCUGAAUUGAAUCAUACGGUGAUGGGCAAGUGUGAAGCAGCUAGAAAUGAGGUGAUAGCACUUUUGAUAAUACCUGUGUUAGCCAGUUUCUUGACAUUAAUGGCACUGACAAAGCUGGCCCUUUUUUAUUUUGCAAAUUGA